GGGUUUUCUUUACACCCCCAUCGGCCUCACGCCGUUCUCCUCUCUUCGCACUCUGGCAGAAGAGAGAGAAAUAUCCACGAGCUCCUUCGUCUCUCUCGUGUAAAGUAACUCCUUUUAAUCUACAUAUCUCCUUCGGGUUCAGGUUCUGCGGUUGUUGCCUCUGAAUCUCGUUCUGUGUUUCUCUUGGUCAAUCUACGUCGAAGAUUUUAUCUUCAAGUGAAAGGUCCUGAGGUAUGCAGCAAGGUGAUCAAACGGUGAUAAGCUUGAGGCCUGGUGGUGGUCGAGGCGGCGGCAGCGGAAGCAGGCUAUUCGGUCCUCGAUACGAGUCCUCGUCAUCUGCAUCUUCUCCUUUCCCUGCUUUCGGAUCCUUUUCCUCUGAUCUACAAGUCUUGCGGCCCCAUGGCGGUGCUCCGUCACCAUUCUCUAUAAAGGCUGGUGAUUCACGGUUUGAGGGCCGUGAACGGGUGCGAUACACCAAAGAUCAACUGUUACAGCUUAGAGAGGCCGUUGAGGUCCCGGAUGAUAUUAUAAAAAUCAAACAGGAUAUUGAAGCUGAACUUUUUGGCGAAGAUCGAAGCUGGGUUCAUGCAGAAAGCAAUCCCCUGCAUCAGUUCCAGAAUCGUUAUUCUGAGCCAGAUGAUCGUGACUGGCGUGGCCGGUCUGGACAACUUUCUCCUGCUGAAGAAAGAUCUUGGGACGAUAUAAGGGAGAACAGAGAAUUUGGUAAUCGAUAUGACUCAAGACAGCCAGAUGCCAACCAGAUUAAUCGCCAAGACCAACAGAGUUUGCAGUUUGCAAAGGGAGGACCUGCUCCUGCUCUUGUGAAGGCUGAUGUACCAUGGUCAGCGAGAAGGGGAAGUCUCUCUGAGAAGGAUCGUGUAUUGAAGACUGUGAAAGGGAUUCUAAAUAAGUUGACUCCGGAGAAAUUUGAUCUCUUGAAGGGUCAAUUGAUCGAAUCUGGCAUUACAUCAGCUGACAUCUUGAAGGGUGUCAUUUCGCUUAUAUUUGAUAAGGCUGUGCUUGAACCAACAUUUUGCCCCAUGUAUGCUCUUCUGUGUUCUGAUCUCAAUGAAAAGUUGCCACCAUUCCCUUCUGAAGAACCUGGUGGGAAAGAAAUCACUUUUAGGAGAGUACUCCUAGAUAACUGCCAGGAGGCCUUUGAAGGUGCAGAUAAAUUGAGGGAAGAAGUUAGGCAGAUGACUGCCCCUGACCUGGAGAUGGAGCGUCGUGACAAGGAAAGACUGGUCAAGCUUCGUACUCUGGGAAACAUUCGAUUAAUUGGGGAGCUUUUAAAGCAGAAGAUGAUUACUGAAAAAAUUGUCCAUCACAUUGUUCAGGAGCUUUUAGGACUAGCUGAUAGCAAGGCUUGUCCUGUUGAGGAAAAUGUUGAAGCUAUAUGCCAGUUUUUCAACACUAUUGGCAAGCAGCUUGAUGAAAGCCCAAAAUCACGGCGUAUAAAUGAUGCAUACUUUAGCCGAUUGAAGGAACUGAGUGCUAAUCCUCAACUUGAACCACGGUUGAGGUUCAUGAUCCGUGAUGUCCUAGAUUUGCGUGCAAAUAAUUGGGUUCCAAGACGUGAAGAGGUAAAAGCCAAAACCAUCACUGAAAUUCAUUCAGAGGCCGAAAAAAAUCUGGGAUUGCGCCCAGGUGCCACUGCAAACAUUAGAAAUACCCGAACCGUUCAAGGAAAUACCACCCCUGGGGGAUUCCCCAUUGCUCGGCCUGGUGCUGGGGGUAUGAUGCCUGGAAUGCCAGGGACCAGGAAGAUGCCAAGGAUGCCUGGAAUUGAUAAUGACAAUUGGGAGAUUCCUAGGAGUCGUUCAAUACCGAGAGGAGAGAUGUCAGCUGGGCAACCAUCUGCACGCGGCCAGUCUCCUUUACUUUCCAAGCCAGCAGCCCUGAGCUCAAAGUUGCUACCUCAAGGUAGUGCUGGUUUUAUAAGUGGAAGAAGCAGUGCCCUAGUUCAUGGAGGUAGUGGCGCUUCUCCCACAAUCCCAUCAAACUUUGGUUCAAAUGCUGAGGCUCUACCUGUAAAAGUUGUUUCUGCCAUGCCCUCUGAGAAGCCAGUGUCUCCAGCACCGAAAAUGAAAACUGAUGAUCUUCAGCGUAAAACCCGGUCUCUUCUAGAAGAAUAUUUUAGUGUCAGGAUUUUGGAAGAGGCAUUGCAGUGUGUGGAGGAACUAAAAUCUCCAGCUUUUCACCCUGAGGUUGUCAAGGAAGCCGUUUCUCUGGCACUAGAUAAAAGCCCACCAUGCGUUGAACCUGUUGCUAAUCUUCUGGAGUAUCUCCUCAUUAAAAAGAUUCUUACUGCAAGAGACGUAGGCACUGGGUUUUUGUCAUUCGCUUCCAUGCUCGAUGACAUUGGCAUAGAUUUACCAAAAGCUCCAAACAACUUCGGUGAGAUAAUUGGGAAACUAAUUUUAGCUGGGGGACUGGAUUUUAAGGUGGUGAAAGAGAUUCUUAAGAAGGUGGAAGAUGACCUGUUCCAGAAAGCUAUAUUUGAUGCUGCAAUACGGGUCAUUGCUGCUUCAUCUGGCCAAGCUGUUUUGGAGUCACAAGUAUCUGAUAUUGAAGCCUGCAAAAGUCUGUUGAAGUGAUUUCAUGGCUGUGCAUGAAGAAUGUUGAUUUCUACAGAACCGGGCAAGAACAACUUAGCUUCUGUUUAAUUACUUGAAAUACACCUUUCCUCUACCUCACCCUCACAUUUGGGUGAAAGUGCAUUUUGUAUUACAAUAUAUUAUAGAAGUGGGGCUUUCAAGAUCAGAUAUUUUUAGGGUUUGUAUAUUUUUGUGGGCUUAAGAGGUGUUUCUCUAGGGGAGAGUCAAAAAACCAUCAAGCUACCGAUUUUGAUUUCCAGAUGGCUAACCAUGUGCCAAGCUUCUGUGAGAGUGGGCCCAUUAGGGGUUCCAAAUGUUUUUGCAUUUCAUUAGUUUCCAUUAAUUUUUUUGAAUAUUUUCUUGACAGAUAAUUGUUAAACUUUUAGUUCAUAAAUAUUGUUAUUUUCAUCA